UUCGAUUUGGACGACGAUGAAGACGAAUGGGUGGAGAAAGAAGCACUGAAUGCACCGCCAGAAGAGCAGAUUGUUGACGGGAGGGACGAGGAUGUGACGGCGAGCAGAAUGCAGAGAGAUGCAUGGAUGCAGGAGCCGUCAGCGCUUGAUGUCGAGCAUGUAGCUAGCCGCGAGCCUCGAGCGCCGGCCAGCCAGUUCGUGGGCGCAAAGGAGAGUCAUGAAUUCAAGGUGCAUGAAGCGGAGGUGAACCACCAUCUGGCGGACCUACAACGCGACUUUGAUGAUGAAGGCGACGAUGAGGACGCGGAGAAGGUUGGCAAUGCGUCUGCACAGCAUGAAGUGUCGUACACGUUUGGCGACGCUGGGAGCUCGUGGCGCAUGACGAAACUCAAGGCCGUUCAACGACAGGCUGACGAGACCGGUCGAAAUGUGGAGGAUGUGGCUCUAGAGAGGUACGGCAAUCUGCGCGACUACGAUGACGCGAGGGAAGAGGAGCGGGAAAUGGAUCGGCGGAAGAUGUAUGGCAAGGAGUAUGUUGGGCUUGAGAAGCCUUCAGGAGAGCUGUAUCAGGAGCGGAAAAUGAAGGCUGGAGUGCGCCGUGACAAUGGCGAGCAGCAGAAGGAGCAGCAGGAGCAGGCUGUGCCAGAUGGACUGCCUCAAGGAGUGCCAAUGGACGAGGCCUCAGCACCUGCCACUACAGUACCGUUAGACUCAACCACGUUGAAUAAGUUGAAAGCGCAGAUGAUGAAGGCGAAGCUUCGCAACGCUCCGGAAGCCGCCAAGCUUGAAGACGAAUACAACCGUGCCGCAGCCGCCAGCCUAACCAACCACGCCCAGCCAGACGUCGUUGUACUAGGCAACAUGGACAACCGCCAACUAGCCGGCGGCCGUGGUGGCGAAGUAGCAGCCGUAACCGGCAAGCGUGGUCGCGAGCGUGGCCUCGUCGUGGAAAACGAAGACAUGUCCGUCGACGCCAUGGUGCGUCAAGAGAAGCGCACCCGUGGCCUAAACGGCGGCGAGGGUCGCGCCUUCGCCGAGCGCAUAGCCAAAGACGCCAAAUUCGACAACGACCUCGACUACAUGGACGAAAACGCCGAGAAACUCAGCAAGAAAGUCGUCAAAUCCGACAUCAACCUGCGCAACACAGCCAUCUCCGACUUCCAAAAGAUGGCGAAAAUCCUCGAAACCUGCCCUCUCUGUCAUCACGAAGACACUGACCAACCUCCCGUCGCACCGAUAGUAAGCCUAGCUACACGAACCUACCUCACCCUCCCCACCGAGCCGGAGAUAGCAAAGGGUGGCGCGGUGAUAGUCCCGAUCCAACACCGCCUUAACUUAUUAGAGUGCGACGACGAUGAAUGGGAAGAGAUACGGAACUUCAUGAAGUCGCUUACCCGCCACUAUGACGCGCAAGGGAAGGGUGUCAUCUUUUACGAAAACGCGGCGCAUAUGUCUUCUCGUAAGGGUCAUGCGGCGUUGAACGUCGUACCGCUUCCCCACCAUCUCGCGGAAACGGCAGCGGCAUACUUCAAAGAAGCCAUUCUGGCCUCGGACGAGCAGUGGAGCCAGCAUAAGCCUGUCAUUGAUACCGCGGCGUUGAGUCAGAGGGCUGGGUAUGGGAAGCAGGCUUUCCGCAAAAGUAUGGUUAGCGAGAUGCCGUACUUUCACGUUUGGUUCACGCUAGAUGGAGGGCUGGGGCAUGUGAUCGAGGAUGAGCGAAGGUGGCCGAAGGGCGAUCUGUUUGCGAGGGAGGUGCUGGGUGGGAUGUUGGACAAGGGGCCGGAGGUGGUGAAGAAGCAGGGACGGUGGGAGAGGGGUGAUAGGAGGGUGGAGGGGUUCAGGAAGAAGUGGAAGGAGUGGGAUUGGACGAAGGUGUUAACGGAC